CAGGAAGCUGUGUCGAUGAGGAGGAGGAGGAGGAUGAUCGUCUGAUCAGAUCAUCGAUCCGUGAUGAUCGAUCAGCGUCAUCAGCCCGUUUGAUCCCGAGCGGCUGCACGAGGCGACAAUCAGCGUCAUCAACCAAUCGUUAAGUCAGAUCAUCGAUCACACCUGGUGUGAGACAGCGCGGUGGGGAGCGCGAGACAAUCAGCUGACGGAGCAGCGUGUCUCCAGGUCCGACUGUGCGCUGCAUCCUGGAUGAUGUGACGGAGGAGGCACGCGGAGGUGGAGAGAGAGCGGACAGAGGCCCGCAGGUGGUCCAGGUUAGCAGCUCUGAAGACUGUGUAACUCCCUCUAUAGCACAGCCACAGAACUGCACCUGCACCGCCCGCUAACAGCUAAGCAGCUAACGAGUGAACCAGUGAAGAAGAUCAGGAACCGGUCCUGCGGGCGGUGCUGAGGCUGCUGGAUGGCCACAGGAGUGAACUACUGGAGCUCAGAUGAUCCCGGCUACAAGGUGAGUGAGCGUGUGUGGGGCGGAGAACAGGAGUCCAGCAGUGAGGAGGGAGGAGGAGGGGUCACAUGGGAGACACCUGCCAUGGAGGUCAAAGGUCAACUCAUCUCAGCUCCUGAUCCUCUCACCUGUCCUGACAGGAAGCACAGGGAGCGAAUGUCAGAGCUGCAGGAGAGGAGGCGGAGCCUUCAGGUGCUGCUGAGCACGCGAUUGGCUGAGCUCAGACGCAUCUGUCUGCAGGAGGCGGAGCUGACAGGUGCGGUGCCCAGUGACUUCCCCCUCGAGGCAGGAGAGAAACUCCCCUGUGUCCGACGGAGAGCGGUUGCAUCUCGCCAAGGAAACAGGAAGUGUAAAGCAGACGAAGAAGACUCUCAGCGUUCGAAGCCAAAGAAAACUUUAUUCAGUGGAGCUCUGAGGAAACACAGCGACUCUGAACACAACACGCACACUCAAAUACACACACACCACGGCAAGAGGACUGUACACAGAGGCUGCCACACAGAUGACACAGUGAGGUCAGAGAGUAGCUCAACAUCAGACUCAACAGGACAUGACAACGAGGACGGUGUGUCUCAGUGUCGGCCCCCGAUGGUCUCCGCUGGUUCUCCAGUGGAGGUUUUCUCUCAGAACAAACCCAGAAGGAACUCACUGCACAGCAGGACUGACCAAUCAGGGACUCUUCAGACCCACAGGUCCCCCCCCCUGCCUUCCUCCCAUCCUCUCCCCCUCCCUCUCCAUCCUCCCCCUCACUCUCAGGAGUCGUCCUCCUCCUCUGGACCCUCUGAUCCAGGAGCAGCGGGUGAGGGGGGAGUCAAGGUUAACACAGCUCAUCGCAGCAACAGCUCCGACGGUCUCCUGGACCGUGUCACCACCCCGGAGGAGGAGGGCGGGCCGCAGAAGGGAGGACUGUGGGUAAACGGUGUGCCGGGUUCCAGAGGAACAAACACUGCUGGAGCGUUCAGGAGCUCCGAGACGCUGACGGACGGAUGGACGAGGACAAAUAAUAGAUCCACUGAGGGGGGUGGGCGAGGGGGCGCAGCAGGGCGAGGAAGAGAAGGCAGGGGAGGGGCUUACAGCGAGAUCCUGCUGGACUACGUCUGGGGGAAGCAGCAGCAGCUGCAGCGGCAACAGUCCCAGACCAAUAACAGGCAACCAAUCACAUCGCUCCAGCCUCUCUACAACGGCUACUCCUCCCAGCCGCCGCCCGGAAUCCCGCCCACCUACCACGGUCACCAUGGCGACCAGCGACGAGUCAAAGUGACCCGCACCAAAUCCUGUGGCCCUUUCCUCCCAGUUCAAAACCAGUCCGAUACCCAUAAUCCACCUCUUUCCACCAUCCAGCCCGAUCCCCACCCCCACCUCCUGCCCCCCCGACCCCCACAGCUGCCCCCCAACCAGGACGCACAGCUGGAGGAGGCCACCAGGAGCCUCCACAAGGCCCUCGCCCUAGAAGGUCUGAGAGACUGGUACCUGAGGAACACUAUAGGCUCCACCCACCAAAACCAGACCAAUGGAAAGGUGAGCACAGGAGUCUCCACUAAGGUGAGUGGAGGGGUCAAAGGUCAGGCAGGUGGGGGCGGAGCUCUGCAGCGCAGACGUACAACUCACAGUGUCAUCCAGCAGUCGAUGUAUCAGACAGAGACGAGCCAUCAUCACGCUGCGGCGCAUCACAAACAGACGCUGCCACAUUCGGCCACAUUCCACGGACACCCGCUCCACGGCAGGUCUGUGGACAGCUCUCUCUACCAUGACUCCUUCCCUCCUCAGAAACAGGAAGUCCCUCUCAGAGACCCCCCCGUGGACCAGCCGUCUCCUGGGACCCUGGUCUAACUCACUGACCAAUCAGGACGCUGGCAGACAGAUAAACAGACUGUGGGUCUGUGUGUCCAGGUGACUGACUGAAACACACCUGUGCGUGUGUGGAGGUCCAGGUCCUGGUGGAUGUUCUCAGUCUGCUGGAGAACCUCCUCCCGUUCCCAAGGUUCAGGUUGUUCUCUUCAGAUCACAGCAGCAGCUCCUCACAACCUGCCACUCUUUGGCUUCACCUGAAACCCCCACCACCCCACCCAACCCCACUAUGAUGUCACAGAGGAUGAUGUAACUGCGCAGGUGGAGAAAUGGGAGAAAAGCAGCAGGGGAGGGGCUCAUCGGACGGACUGGACUACCUGCCCUCACGUCAGCUGACCGUCCUCUCAGCCAGGUUCAGGUGCUGCUCAGCUUUAAUGGACUGAUGUUAGAAUCAGGGUGGAAGGGAUGAAACGCCGACACCCUGAGGUGCAGGUUUACUCACGUCACUCGGUUGUUUUUAACUUUCCUACGGCGUCCCCGUCUUUCACACUCUGCUCAGACAAUCAGGACACGUCAGAGUUUUUAUAAGAACUUUUGAUAACAGUGAGGAUGAUGAUGAUGAUGAUGAUGCACUCCUUCUAAGGACAGAAGCUUUUAGUUUGAUAUCACCAGCUCAGUCUAGCCAACCAGCAGUUUAUAAAUUCUGAAAGAUGAACUUUUGAUAAAGUUUAAACUGAUCUGAUCAGGUGACCUGUUUGAUCUCUCAGGUGAGUCCUUCAGAAACUAGCAGGUGAAGUUCUCCAGUUGUUUUUACGCUUUGGACUCAGUGUCUCCGCUCAGUGUGUCAGCUCAUUCUCGGUUCAGGAGCAGGUCGGUCGCAGCGUCCACGUCCACCUUUGCUGAGACGGAACCAGUCCCAGGACCCUUACAACAUCGGCAGUGUCCAAACCAAAGCUUACACGUGCUCAGAGCACAGCAGUGCAACACAGUGAUGGGAUUUAUGUUUGACCGCACAGUUUUCCCUCUGAGUCACCACAUGUUCACCACAUGUUCACCACAUGUUCACUGCAUGUUCACUGAUGGUCGGUGUAAAACCACCGUGUUGUUCCAGUGCAGACCAGCAGCAGAGGUGACAGCUGCUGCAGGAAGUGAAGUGAAAUGUGUGUCAGAGAUUAUUCUCAGGCUGCAGCUGACGAUGAUUUCAUUACUGAUUAAUUGCUGGAGCCUAAAGAGACAUCUGCAGACGUCGUGUUGUCCGACCUGCACUCAGAGGAGGACGGACAACGCUCGAAUUUUCACACUUGAAAACUGGAACCAAAGUUUUAUUUUCUUAGUUUUGUUUGAAAAAUUCCUGAAACAGUUCAUGGAUCAAACAGCUGAUCAAUGCAAAGGCUGCACCUUCUGUCUCUGAAGCGUGGCUACACCUGGAUACACCUGAGUCUCUGCACAGGGGGACGCUCUCCACACACACACGGCACACUGUACACACAUGUAUUAUACACGCUUACAACACGGCAAACAGCGUGCAGGUAGAGGGACAGAGCAGCUCUGCUGCUGAUGCUUAACGAGUCACGUCUGAUGCUGACGAGCUGGUCUCAGGUCAGCUGUUACCGACUGAAUCCAGGCGUUUAGGACGUUUGCCUCGCAGGAGACACCGACCUGUCUCAUUUCAUGUCUCUCAGUCAAACAUCCUCCGGUGUCCUGAGGCAGUGAGAGGAUGUUUGUGUUUCAGGGUAAAAAUGAUUUGCAGCGACAAUCAGAUGAUGAUGUCACAGUGUUGAUUGGUCGGUUGAUCGAUCGAUCGACUGAAUUGAUCCUGUUUUGUACUGAGCUUCAGUGCAAUGAUGUGAACCGGACGUGAUUGAAACGUGACGGUGAGAUCACUGCCCUGACUCCACGGUUACCAUGGUUACCACUGAACACUGGUGAUUCUGGUUACAGAGUCUGUGCUGUCCCUGCGAUGUCUGAGCAGCUGAUCUCUGAGCCAAACACUGAAGCUCGAUCUGUGGUUUUUAAAAUCAGGUCAUUCAGCUUCGCAGAAACCGUCUGACCUCCAGUUCCCUCCAGACGAAGCCGCGGUCACGUGACGGGGUGGUUCACUGUGUGUGUGUGAGAGUCUGGAAGCUGCAUCAGCAGUCACCGCACAUCGAGCUCAGCUCCGCACCUGGAACUGGAAUAAACCUCCAGAACCAGAUCGGUUCACCUUCCACAGGAAACUCCUCAUCACGCUCCUCAGGUACACAAAACUGCGCAAUAUCACUGCACAGGUGACUGGGCUCCUCACCUGAUUGGCUCUCCCUUAACGAACUAAUUCAUCUGAUCCGCCCACCUCUGAAAAUCCCAAAACAGGAUUGGAUGCUGCAGCUGUCUCAGAUUGAUUGACAGGUCCGUCAACACGCCGAAUAACAUCUUUCUCAUCAACAUGUUUGAUGAAGGUUUGCUUGGAAGUCUGACGCCAGCUGUCACGUGACCACUGCUCCUGUCCCAGCAUGCACCUCCUCCAACUCUGGUCUCACACCAAAGCAGAACAGACGUUAGGACACAACAGAAACACACGCGCGCACACACACACACACACCAUUUUCUGGGGGUGUGUCAUACUCUGAGCAGUACGGUGCAGUGUGAGUACUCAGGGCUGUAGCCUGGCUCUCAGAGGCCGUGGGUCAGAUCCCCUGCAGAACUCCACCAGCUGAGAGUGUGAGUGAGUGAACUCUGUGAGUGAGUGAACUCUGUGUCUCUACAUUUAGUUUCAUUCUAUUAAACAAUGAUUCAUUCAUUUAUUAGUUUUAUAUGGAUUUAAUAUAUUUAUUUGUCUAAAUCAUCAGGUGUGGUGUGUAAAAUGUGUGACGUGACAGAAGGUGAACUCCCAUCAUGUCCUCAUAAACACAGUGGACACACAGAGUGUGGACCUCUGCGUCCUCAGGGCUUCAGCCCUGACAGUGUCUCCUCAGUACUGUACUCGUGCAGUAUGAGUAUUAGUUUCUGGGACCUGACGAUGAUGUUCUGUGUCCCCCUUCAGGUCCAGGACCAGCUGUGUGGACAGUCUGUCAGUGUAACGUUACAGCUGUCUCUGCUGUGAUGCGUUCAGGUUCAUCCUGUACACUUUGUGUUUGUUUUUAAACUUCUGUAAAAAAUCAUUUUCUAGCUUUUUGGACUUUUGUCAUUUGUACUUUUUCACUCUCAACUCUUUCUGAUGUUUCACGCUGGAGAAUGAAAACCUAAUGUAAAUAAAUGGCUCCCAGGCUGUAAACAUGCUGUUUUUAAAUAAAGAUUUCUCUU